AAACAAUCGCCCAACAAUUGUAGUACUACAAUAUAUCCCAUCUCUGUCCCAAGCUUUUGUUCCGACCAUCUCUCGAACGUAGUUUUAUCUCUCCAUCUCUUCUACUCCUCGCUAGUCGUGAAAUAUGGAAAACAGUGAAGAUAUUGGUGGCGAACAUCAUGAGAAGCACGACGAUGAGGGAAGGCACGAUGACGAGGAAGCUGUUGCUCGCCUUGAUGAGUUUAAGAAAUCCAUUGAAGCGAAAAUGGCUCUUCGUAGGAAUAAUUUGAACCCUGAACGGCCUGACUCGGGCUUUCUUAGGACACUGGACUCUAGCAUCAAGCGCAAUACAGCUGUCAUAAAAAAACUGAAACAGAUCAAUGAAGAACAGCGAGAAGGUUUGAUGGAUGAAUUGCGCAAUGUCAAUUUGAGCAAAUUUGUCAGUGAAGCAGUAACAGCCAUCUGUGAUGCAAAGCUUAAAGCGUCUGACAUACAACCUGCUGUACAGAUUUGUUCUUUGCUCCACCAAAGGUACAACGACUUCUCGCCUAGUCUUGUUCAGGGCCUCUUAAAAGUAUUCGCACCAGGAAAACCUGUGGAAGAUGUCGAUGCAGACAAGAAUUCAAGGGCCAUGAGGAAGCGAAGUACUCUGAAGCUUCUCCUGGAGUUAUAUUUUGUUGGAGUUGUAGAAGAUAGUGGCAUCUUCGUAAAUAUUAUUAAAGAUCUAACCAGCAAUGAACAUUUGAAGGAUCGCGAAACAACCCAGACGAAUUUGUCUCUUCUUGCUAACUUUGCUCGACACGCAAGGUUUUUUCUGGGACUUCCAAUGACUGGACAAGAUAUUCUUGAAGAGUUUUUCAAGGGCCUUAACAUUCCAGCAGAGCAGAUAAAGUACUUUCGUAAGACAUUUCAAAACUACUAUGAUGCUGUUGUGGAACUUCUUCAGGCUGAACAUGCUUCACUUCGUCAUAUGGAGCAUGAAAAUGCAAAAAUUUUGAAUGCCAAAGGAGAAUUGAGCGAGGAAAAUGCUUCUUCAUAUGAAAAGCUGCGGAAAUCAUAUGAUAAUAUGAGCCGUGGUGUCACAUCUUUGGCUGAAGCACUUGAUAUGCAACCUCCAGUAAUGCCGGAGGAUAGUCAUACAACAAGACUCACAUCAGGUGAGGAUGUUUUAUCACCUGUUGCUGGAAAAGACACUUCUGCUAUUGAAGCCCUCUGGGAUGAUGAAGAUACCAGAGCUUUCUAUGAAUGCCUUCCUGACCUCAGGAUGCGGCUUCCGAAUCAGACAAAGAUAGCCACACAAGAAAAUCCUGAAAUUUCUGCUGAUUCUGGAAAUGUAACAGAGGAUAAAGAGAAGGACAAAGAAAAGGGGAAAGAGAGAGAUACUGAAAGGAAAGGAGAAAGUGAAAAGGAUAAAACAAAAGGUCUUGAUGGAACAAAUCUUGAAGCUUUGCUACACAGGCUUCCAAGCUGUGUGAGUCGUGACCUGAUCGACCAGCUAACCGUAGAGUUUUGCUAUUUGAACUCAAAAUCCAGUAGAAAAAAGCUUGCAAGGGCUUUGUUCAAUGUUCCAAGGACAUCACUGGAGCUGUUGCCAUACUACUCGCGCAUGGUUGCAACAUUGUCUACCUGUAUGAAAGAUGUAUCGUCCAUGCUUCUGCAGUUUUUGGAGGAAGAAUUCAACUUUUUAAUAAAUAAGAAGGAUCAAAUGAAUAUUGAAACGAAAAUAAGGAACAUUCGGUUUAUAGGAGAACUUUGCAAGUUCAAAAUCGCCCCUGCUGGCUUGGUUUUUAGCUGUCUGAAGGCUUGUUUAGAUGAUUUCUCUCACCAUAAUAUUGAUGUCGCCUGCAAUCUUCUUGAGACAUGUGGUCGCUUUCUCUACCGGUCCCCUGAAACCACUGUACGGAUGUCGAACAUGUUAGAUAUACUGAUGCGCCUGAAAAAUGUCAAAAAUUUGGAUCCUCGUCAGAGUACCUUAGUGGAAAAUGCUUAUUACUUGUGUAAACCACCAGAAAGAUCUGCGCGAGUUUCCAAAGUCCGUCCACCUCUUCAUCAGUAUAUUAGGAAACUACUCUUCUCAGAUCUCGAUAAGUCUUCCAUCGAGCGUGUUCUGCGGCAGUUGCGUAAGCUACCUUGGAGUGAAUGUGAGGAAUAUCUCUUAAAGUGCUUCUUGAAGGUUCACAAGGGAAAAUAUGGUCAGAUUCAUUUGAUUGCAUCACUAACAGCUGGUCUGAGCCGCUAUCAUGAUGACUUCGCAGUUGCUGUCGUUGAUGAGUCUCCAACAAGUUCUUUACUGUGCUCAAGAAAACAAUACCUGCAACCAUCUCUUCCCAUGGGCAUGGUUUUGGAGGAAAUUAGAAGGGGGCUGGAGCUGAAUGACUUUGGGAUGCAGCAACAACGGAUUGCGUUCAUGCGUUUCUUGGGGGAACUGUACAAUUAUGAACUUGUAGAUUCAUCUGUAAUUUUUGAUACGCUUUACUUGAUCCUUGCUUUUGGACAUGGCACAACAGAGCAAGACGUGUUGGAUCCGCCAGAGGACUGCUUCCGUAUCAGAAUGGUUAUCACACUUCUCGAUACAUGCGGCCAUUAUUUUGAUAGAGGUUCAUCAAAGAGGAAGCUUGACCGAUUCUUGAUUUAUUUUCAAAGAUACAUACUGAGCAAAGUUGCCCUUCCCCUGGAUAUUGAAUUCGAUCUCCAGGACUUAUUUGUCGAACUGAGACCAAACAUGACCCGAUACUCAUCGUUUGAAGAGGUCAACAACGCAUUAAUCGAGUUCGAGGAGCGUGAGCGCCGGGUCUUGACUGAAAGGGCUCACAAAGAGAAGUACACCAGCUCGGAGGAGAAGUCCAGUUCGAAAAACCUGUCGAUGAACGGGCGGAGUCCCGAGAAUGGCACGGAAGAGAACGGCCGAGAAGCUCAUGGGGACGAAACAGAGAGCGACUCUGGGAGUGGAACUCCCGAGCGCAAAGGCCGGGAUGAGGAAUCGGACCGUGAGAAUCGAGACGAGAGUGAGGACGAUUAUGGGCCGGCUUCGGAUGAGGAAGAUGACGGGCAGGUGCGUGUCAGGCAGAAGGUUGCUGAGGUGGACCCGGAGGAGGAAAGUCUGGACUCGAGAAAACUCGAGCUACGCACACGCCCAUCCAUAAACAUGAUGAUCCCGAUGAACCUCUUCGAGGGCCCCACAAAGGAACACCACCAUCACCACCACGGACGAGUAGCAUCAGAGGCUGAGAGCGGUGACGACACGGCAGACGAGGGGUCGGGAGAGGUCAAAGUCAAGGUCAAGGUGCUGGUCAAACGCGGGAACAAGCAGCAGACGAGGCAGAUGUACGUCCCGCGCGACUGCUCCCUCGUGCAGAGCACCAAGCAGAAGGAGGCAGCCGAGCUCGAGGAGAAGCAGGACAUCAAGCGCCUCGUCCUGGAAUACAACGACAGGGAAGAGGAGGAGCUGCUGAUGCUCAACAACAGUGGUGGUGGGGCCCAGCCGCCAAACUGGAACCAGGGAGGGGGUAGGAUAUUGAGCAGGGGUGGGCCCACGUGGGACGGCCACGGCAGAUCGUCGUCUUCGGGUGGGCGCCACCACAGGCAUCUGUUACACCACUCGGGAGCCGGGUAUUAUUAUGGGAGGAGAAGGUGAUUUUGAUUUCCUACAUGUUUUUUAGUAUUAUAUAUAUAGGGUUUUGUGUCUUGUAUUGAAAAUAUGGUGUGCAUGCAUAUGCAUAUGGUAUGGGUAAACCAGUUAUGGCUAGGGAAAAGAUUUCAUGUAUAACCUUUUUUUUUUUUGUGUGUGUGGAAAAAGUGAUCAAUUAAUGGACCAAAUUAUCAGCUUGCUGUGAAAAAUGGUGNGCGAUCAAUCAAUGGAGAAUGGUCAAUCAGUUGUUGGGGGUUGUGUCUUGCUGUGAAAAAUGUUAAGAGCGUAUGAGUUCUUCCACAUUAUGGGAGGAGAAGGUGAUUGAUUUCGUACUUGUUUUGUUUAUAUAGGGCUUUGUGUCUUGUAUUGAACUAUGGUAUGGGUAAAACCAGUUAUGGCUAGGGAGAAUAUUUCAUGUGUAACCUUUGUGUGUGUGAAAAAGUGAUCAAUCAAUGGAGAAUGGUAAAUCAGUUGCUAGGGGG